CCAGAAUGGAUUCACACCCCACAGACUAAAUCCCCGAGAAUCAACCCACCCAAUGGGGGGUCAGAAAUUCUUCUCUGCCCCCACCCCACGUUACUCCCCCCCGCGUCUCCCUGUGAUAACCAGCGUGGGGGAAGCCCCGGCUCAACCCUACUCCGGAUUCUCUGCUGCUGGCGCUCUCUUCCCUGGUCCUGGCUUCAUGAAUCUGGACUUGCCUCCUCCGCAGGGGACCAGACAGCAGGAGCUGCGCUCGCUGAUAGGUGCAGAGGCUUGGGGGGGGGGCGACAGCCCGUCCCCGCCCCACAACGUUCACAUCUCAGCCACUUCCCUGCGGGCUCCACAACCCGCCGAGCCCCAGGAGCAGGGGCUGAGCCGCUCUCCGCUCCGCUCCUGGGCUGAAGCGCCGACGGGAGGCAGCGCUCCCGGAGCGGAGCCCGGCUCCGAGGCGUACCAGACAAAGGGAAGCCGGAGCCCCGUCGGGGAGAGAUCCGCUGCUGCCGGCCGGCAGACCGGCGCGGGGCGCCCCAGACAAAGGGCCUAUCUAGCCGGGGAGCGCUCUGCCGGCUCGGCCCCGGGUCUCCCGGCCUCGGCCCGGCAUGUCGGCCGUGCGCAGGCACCUCUGGGACGAGUACCAAGCGGUGGGCUCCGGCCGGGGCAGCGCCCGCAGGAAGCGGCAGCGCUUCGUGGACAAGAACGGGCGCUGCAACGUGCAGCACGGGAACCUGGGCGGCGAGAGCAGCCGCUACCUCUCUGACCUUUUCACCACGCUGGUGGACCUCAAGUGGCGCUGGAACCUGCUCAUCUUCCUGCUGACCUACACGGUGGCCUGGCUGGUCAUGGCCUCCAUGUGGUGGGGCAUCGCCUACCUGCGGGGCGACCUGCACCGCGCGCACGACCAGAGCUACCACCCCUGCGUGGCCAACGUGUACAACUUCCCGUCCGCCUUCCUCUUCUUCAUCGAGACCGAGGCCACCAUCGGCUACGGGCACCGCUACAUCACCGAGCGCUGCCCCGAGGGCAUCGUGCUCUUCCUCUUCCAGUCCCUGCUCGGCUCCAUCGUGGACGCCUUCCUCAUCGGCUGCAUGUUCAUCAAGAUGUCCCAGCCCAAGAAGCGAGCCGAGACCCUCAUGUUCAGCCGGGCCGCCGUCAUUUCCCAGCGGGACGGCAAGUUGUGCCUCAUGUUCCGCGUGGGCAACCUGCGCAACAGCCACAUGGUCUCCGCUCAGAUCCGCUGCAAGCUCAUCAAGUCCCGACAGACACCAGAAGGGGAAUUCCUGCCAUUAGAUCAAUGUGAGUUGGAUGUUGGAUUUGGAACUGGAGCUGACCAGCUGUUUUUAGUUUCUCCUUUAACCAUCUGUCAUGAAAUCAACCCCAAAAGCCCCUUUUUUUGUCUCUCUCAAAGAUCGCUAAGAAGUGAGCAGUUUGAGAUCGUUGUCAUCCUUGAAGGAAUUGUUGAAACUACUGGAAUGACGUGUCAGGCUAGGACCUCCUACACAGAAGAUGAAGUUCUUUGGGGCCACAGAUUCCUCCCAGUAAUGUCCCUAGAGGAUGGCUUUUUUCGUGUGGAUUACUCUCAGUUUCAUGCCACCUUUGAAGUCCCCACACCUCCUUAUAGUGUUAAACAGGAGGAAAGCCUGUCUCUUCCAUCUCCUUUCAAUACUCCUAUUGGUAACAAUCGAAACAGAAGGGAACACAUCUGCUCACUUGACUGUAUUGAUAUUUUAGAAGAGAAAACAAACAAGUUUCCUAGUAAACUGCAAAAAAUUAGCUCCAGAAAGGAAGGCCUUCAGAGAAGAGUCCUGAGACUGAAUCCCAGCAAUGUGGAGAAAGCUUGCAGUACUGGAGAUCUCUUGAGAAUUCAGCAGAUAAGUUCUGUUCCCAGCAAUGAAGAUGGUGAUGAAAGGAUACAACUGAAGGCCUUCAGAAUCAAAUCUGAGUCUUUGACUCAGUCUACUGGAGAUCUUGAGUUACAGAAAAACCCUCAAGGUAUGCUCACCUUAGGGACAAGACUAGAGGAUAAUUUGCCUGCCAAACUUCGAAAAAUGAAUUCUGAUCGCCUCUCCUAAAUAACAGAUGCAACAGGAGUUAUUGUUAAUAAACUGCAUUUUAGACUUCUGUCCUUCAGGAUUAUUUUGGAAUACUACUGUGAUAAUUUGGUUUUGCCAAGGGAUUCUUCAUAAAUAACCACUUUCAAAAUUAAUUAGCAUUUUUCUAUAAUAUUCAAUACAAAUCUGAUUUAUGUAGCAUGGUAACUGUACAGGGUGCUAUACUGUAAGUUCAUUGUGCCAAAUACACAAGUCCCUGCUUUAAAGCUGUCUAUCAGCACUACUGUAACAGAUUGGUCUGGUCUUCCAUCCUCUCAGAAGCCAGAUUCUCAGCUAUGACUAAAGUGCACAUAGUGCAGGUUGGGUGGGGGAGGGUUCAAUGGCAGCAUAACCCUCACCUUUACACUCCCCUGAUCCUAGGGCUGCUGUGUAUAAUGUGGGUAUUCUCCCUGUCACCCCCUCCCCCCACAUCCUAUAUUAGAGUAGCCCUAUGUGUGGUCUAAUCUAUGCCAUCUCUUAACACCCUUAAGGGACUAAAGCCAUCACUGGGAAACUGUGUACCAUAAAGAUGCCCAGCCGCAUCUCCUGUGCCAGCAACGGGGUGGGUGGGGAGUAGCAGCAGCCAGAUUGAUCAAAGGAUUUGGCCAAAGAAGUAGAUUAAGAAAAAGUACAAAACUUUUUUCUCCUACCACUAAAAGAAUUAAAUCUGAAAUUAGUACAUUUUAUCAAAAAUAGUUGGUGAGACAAGAGAGGCACAGAAAUGAGUAUGGCCCUGAAUACUACAGUCCUAUGAUAUGAAAAGAUAAGGAUUUUUUCAGAAGGUAGGUGACCAGCAGUGUCUCAAACGACUAAGUAAAAAUUAUAUUUUGACUUACUGAAUUUUAGAAAAUAGUAAGAACUGGACUCAUAUUUUAUUUUCUUAACAUUAUUAGUUCCAUAGUUAUCAAAUAAUCAAAUGUUUGUUUCAGUUUCUAUUCUUAAACUGUUAUUCAUCUUUUCCCUGUGGAAAAAUGACUUGUUUACAGCCUAUAGUGAGCAAACAAAAUCAUAUCUAACUAUUUAAUAAAAUAAUAUUUAGUACUUGCUGUAUAUGAUGCUUUGCUUCUUCAAACCAUUCCACAAGAAGAUGAAAUUCUACUCUGGUAUAUUGAUGCAAUUUCACUGAAGUCAGUGGGACUGCACUGGCAUAACAGAGCAGAACUUGGACUAUUAACUAAUCAUCACAGCACACUUGUGAUAGAGAAACUCAAGCAGAGAUUAAGUGAUUUGCCCAUUGUUACAAAAGCAGAUGGAUCUCCAGUCAGGGUUAGAAUUCAGAAGUUCCUGAUUUUCCCCCUCCUGUGCUAAUACCCCUAAACCAAUAUGCUGCCCACAUAGAAUGGAAUGGACAAGGGCAACACAUCUCGAAGAACAACAGUUACGAAAGGUAGGUAACCGUUUAUGUCAUGCUAGCACAAUAUUCCUUAUUUCUAAAGGAUGGUUAAGUUACAGGCACUAUGGGAUUGAUAAUGUCCUUAUUUGGAUUUCCCUUCAACUAUUAGGCGUCAGUUAUGUACAGAGACCAGAGCCAGUCCUAGGGCAGUACAGUGUAUUUGGAAUCUCUUUGGUAAUCCAAGGUCUGAGGCUGGGAAUUGUGGCAGUGAAGUCACUUUCUAUUUUUAGACAAGAGGAAGACAUGUGAACAGUUGGGACUCCCUGGGGGUGGGGGAAGAAAUAUUGAUACGCCUUUGCUGAAGAAAGGGGAGGGAAAACAUCUCCAAGUUCUUCAGGAAUUUGAACUUAACUUCCAGCAAAUCUGCAUCUUUAGGAAACAAAAACUAAUGAAAACUGGAAACAUGUUAAUAGAUGGCUUAGCCUGUGUCUCUGUUUUUGAACUGCUUGUACACACACGAGCUACAAUGCUAUACUGUACAUUGUAUGGAGGGAAAAAAUAUUAUAGGCCAUGUGUUAACUGAAAUUAAUUACAUCAAAGUAUUCGUUUUCCUUGCAUUGUAUGGCCAUUAGAUCAGGUGUUUGGACUCCAUUUUAUGCAGUCUGGGGAUACACUUCAGCUAGAGAGUGGGCAAAAUUUGAAAUAAAUGUAAUAAUUGAGAGAAUCAGAAAAAAAAAACCACAAGAGCUGCAUCUUUUCAGAUGCCUUUUAAGAGGCCAGAAGAGUUUUACCAAGCCUUCCUUACCAUGGGCAUAGGUCCUUAAUUUUCUUUAAAAACUCAAGAGCAUAGCCACAUAAAUGCACAAGUCCUCCUUUUCAUUUUCCCCAUAUUCUUACAAAAGAAAUCAAAUGUCAAACUACAAUUCUGUUAGUUGAUGCUGUGUAAAGAAUGUGAUUUUAAAUAUUGAAACAUAAGGAAAUUCUAAAAAUUAAGACACAAAACAUUAACUUGGACACAUACAUAGUGACACGUACAUCUAACAACAUAGGCAGCUGACCUGCCAAAGUAUACACCGCUAUGGAAACCAUUACUUUUGAAUGUACACACUUGGCUCAUUUAAAUUCUCUGGCUUAAAAGUUGCCUGCAGAAGAUUUUAAAAAUGAGGCUUGUGCCCUCCUUUUGCUUCUUUAGGGUGAGGCAGAGUGACCGGAGGAGCUGAUUAUCUUUUUCCUUAAAUAAUUGUCUGUUAGUGAUGGGAAUUUAUUAUUAAUGAGCUCUGGCAGAUGUAAAUAUUGAAAGGCAGCAGAAAAUGGAGCAGCUAGAGCUUCUCGUCUCCCGUCCCUGUGAUUGAAAAAAGACAUUUUAUAUGACUAAAAUUGUCUGAAAAGUACCCGAGUGAACACAAAUCCUGCACAUUUAAAACCAGAAGGGAUUAUGGUAAUAGUACUCAUCCAAAAGGGCUUGAAAAACUCCUGGCCUACAUUUGGCUUUCCAGUUCUAGCCCUGCAUGCACCAAGUCAUUGGUUCAAUAAGUAAAGGGCCCACGCUGCUGCAAUUUUAUCUCAAGUAUUGUGAAGAACACAAACAAGCUUGUCUGUACUACUGUUCUAGGUUAGCUUUAUCUUAUUGUGUACAAUAAUUAGUGCCCUAUUAAAUGAAUUGAUGUUUGCAAUAUGCUUUAAAAAUGUGUUCUAUAAAUGCUGUACUUAUUGUAAUAAGCAGGAUAGCAGACUGAGAUACUGUAUUGCAGAUUGGUUUCAGCUACCUAGUCUCCCUUCUUUAUCAUCAGAUUCUAAAAGUGUACAGACUCUGCUGUUUGUAUUUUGCCCCCCCUUCCCACCACCGCCCCCACGACUAGUGUAACUAUACAGAUGUAGUUAAACUGGUGCAAAAUCCCUAUCAGUUUAAAACAGGAGUACUGUGGUAACACCUGUGCAAGUUUUCCUAAUCUAAACAAUCCCUUAGAGCCAAUAUUUCACCAAUAAGCAUUAGGAAAAGGACACAGAAAAUUUCAAGCGGUGUAACUUCACCAAAAUUAGAGUAAUUUUUUUAAAUUGUUUAUUAGAUGGGGUUUUAAAUGUAUGUUAUCCAAUACAGUGAUCCAGCAACUAAAAAAUUGGAGUGAGUUUGUUCAUGGAUUAGACCACUUAAUGGUCUGACAACAGUUUUCAAGUAUAUGAAAGUUAUGAGCAGGGAGAAAAAUUGUUGUGCUUAAUCUCUGAUGAUAGGACAAGAAGCAAUGGGCUUAAAUUGUAGCAAGGGUGGUUUAGGUUGGACAUUAGGAAAAACUUCCUAACUGUCAGAGUGAUUAAGCACUGGAAUAAAUUGCCUAGGGAGGUUGUGGAAUCUCCAUCAUUGGGGAUUUUUAAGAGCAGGUUGGACAAACACCUGUCAGGGCUGGUCUAGAUACUACUUAGUCCUGCCUUGAGAGCAGGGGACUGGACUAGAUGACUUCUCAAGGUCCCUUCCAGUUCUAUGAUUCUGUUUGCUGUGCUCCUAUUGGCUAGAAGGACUAGGAACAGAAAAAGAUAACUGUUAAAACUAAUGUUGUAGCUGUGCCCUGUGCUUAGUCUGGAAACAGAUUCUUGGCUGAGGGGGUGUCAGAAUUUAGAAACUGGUUGAAUUAUUGUAACCUCACUGCUUCAGAACUGUAUUUGUUUUAAUAAAAGUUCAACAUUUUGUUAAGGAAA